GUUGGCGCUUAUAAGGAUAACGAGGUCGCCGUCGCCGAUCACUUUGUUCUUCCUGAAUUCCAAACAUCUUAGCAGUUUUCCUCUUGCUACAGAGAAACAUCACAAUAUGGCAUCAACCGGUGACGACAAAAUGGCGGCGCCUUUGGGCGACGAGAAGCAAAAACACAUGCAGGCAGACUCUAUGCCCGAGAAACACGACGAUGCCGGCCAGGCUGUGGCUCUCGCCGAAGACGUCGCUGCAGCCCAAUACUCUCCUUGGACUCCUUCUAUGUGGCGCCUCUAUGCUGUUUUAGCCUGCGCCUACCUCUGUGGAUGUCUAAACGGCUACGAUGGCUCCCUAAUGGGAGGCUUGAACGGCAUGGACUCUUACCGGGACUACUUCGGAACACAGGUUGAUGGCAGUGAUACCGGCCUCACCUUUGCAAUGUACAACAUCGGUGGUAUCGCUGCCACCGCUUUCACCGGGCCUGUCAAUGACUGGUUUGGUCGCCGCUGGGGAAUGUUUGUCGGUGCAGCUAUCAUCAUCAUCGGUACCGGUGUUCAGGCACCUGCUGAGACCGGACAAAGAUUCCUUGCAGGCCGUUUCAUCCUCGGAUUCGGUGUUUCCUUCUGCUGCGUAUCAGCCCCCUGCUACGUCAGCGAGAUUGCGCAUCCAGUAUGGAGAGGUACAUUGACAGGACUUUACAACUGCACCUGGUACAUUGGUGCCAUUCUCGCCAGUUGGGUCACCUAUGCCGUCGCAGAGACCAUGAAAGGAAGUCUGGAGGCCUGGAGGAUCCCUGUUUGGUGCCAACUCAUCACCUCAGGCUUCGUUCUUAUCUUUUCACUUUUGCUGCCCGAGUCGCCCCGCUGGCUCAUGGCCAACGACAAAUACGAAGAGGCUCAACGGGUCCUGGCCAAGUAUCAUGGCGAGGGGAAUCCUGACCACCCUCUUGUGCACCUGCAGCUCAAGGAGAUGACGAUGCAAAUCACCCAGGAUGGUUCCGACAAGCGUUGGUGGGACUACAGCGGCCUGUUCAACACCCGCGCCCACCGUCGUCGCAUGAUUUGCGUUCUUGGCAUGGGAGUCUUCGGCCAGGCCUCUGGAAACUCCCUAUCCUCGUACUACAUGGCGGCCAUGUUGCACACCGCUGGCAUCAAAGAGCAGGGCCGCGUCCUUGCCUUCAACGCCACCAACCCGAUGGUCUCCUUUAUUGGUGCCGUCUUUGGUGCCCGCAUGACUGAUGUCGUCGGACGGCGUCCGCUGCUGCUGUCCACAAUUGUGUUUGCCUCGGUGUGUUUUGCCAUCAUCACCGGCACCACCAAGCUGGCCACUGAGGAUCCAUCUAAUUCGGCAGCUGGUAACGCGACCGUCGCCUUCAUCUUUAUAUUUGGUGUCGUCUUCUCCUUUGGCUGGACUCCCCUGCAAAGCAUGUACAUCGCCGAGACCCUCCCGACGGAGACCAGGGCCAAGGGUACCGCAGUCGGCAGUCUUGCCUCAGCAUGUGCCUCGACGGUCCUGCAGUACUCUGCAGGACCUGCUUUCAAGAGCAUCAGCUACUACUACUACAUUGUGUUUGUUUUCUGGGACCUGUUUGAGGGUGCUAUCAUCUACUUCUUCUGGCCCGAGACGAAGGACCGCACCCUCGAGGAGCUCGAAGAGGUCUUCCAGGCCCCCAAUCCUGUCAAGAAGAGUUUGGAAAAGCGAGAUACUCAUACGGUUCUCAACACACUCAAUGCUAACAAUGACAAGAUGAUGUCUGUCUAAGCGUUCCACUGCCUAGAACUAGACCCUAGAUUAGACCUAGUUCUUAAACCGCUCUAGCGUGGGCCUAGAUGGUGGCGCGUUCUCCGCAGGCUGGUCAUGUCAGCAUUGACAAAUCCUCCCCUGACACUUCGGUGGCCUAGAUGCAAAGGUAGUUGCGGCUUUUGGUUCUCUCUGUUUUGGGUUCAGUCGCCUACUACUAAACUCCUUAAUACAUAUCUCAGUCUUGAAAACAUGGCUAAGUAGAUAAUUUCUUAAUUCAGCGUACCGUGACAAAUUCUCGAGAAGGAGG